CCUUUUAGCUGAAGUACUGAGUGCCUUGGACAUUUUUGGAUUUGGCUUAGUGUCUUUGUUCUCAGUCUUAUUGUCAGUCAGUGAAGCAGUUCCUCGACCCCGCCCUGCACCACUGGAACCUGCCCCUGACAUUAUCCGGCUUCUUGAUGGUGUUGUAACUCGCACCUAAGCAAAGCAGGGGUGCUGGCUAAUAACAGGAAUCGCCAUCACCCAUGCACAAUGGCAUUCGGGUUCAUUCGUGAUGUACGGACAGCAACGAUCUUCACUGCCCGUUGGAUUGUUUAUGACCGACUGGGCUGAGGUGACGGCGUCCGAUUGCUCUAUAAAAAUAGUGAAUAUAGAAAUUUAAAAUUACAUGUUCAACAAGGCUCUCACAUUCUUACUUUAGUGUGUCGAUCUGAUAUUGUUUUUUUGCCAAUAAUGUACAAUAUAUUUCGUUACUUGAUUAUAUCGACCUGAUCAUCUGAAUGGGUGUUUCAUGUCUCAUGAGACCCCUCUUAAAAGUCCCUGCUCCUGUCAUCAUUUAAAGCAGAUUCUUACUAGGGAGUGUACCAAAACGAAAUUAAAAGUAUUUAAUAAUUAUGAAUGAAUUAUCCCUUUCCUUAAUCACAUCCAUUUACUUUACCACUUAAACUGUAUCGUUCUCCGUUUUUCCUGGAAUACAAAGAAAGAAAAGCAACUAAUAAAGCUUUCUUCCAGAUAUUUAGUAUUUCACAAGCUACUCUUGCUCUUAACUUACGUGGAUGACAUAUCUCCCUUAGAAUUACAUAAAACAAAUGUCUGAUAAGGUUCGAGGUCGAGUAUCCGAAAUUGAGUGCCAUACGCAAGUUGUUGUCGCGUCUAGUGAGAAACUUUCUAAUUUCUGAAUAAUGGAUAUUCCUCCAGUUGUUUCAAAUCCACCCAUAGAAAAGAAAUCUCUAUUCGUUCCAUCCUUGGAUGAAGUUGCUAAAGUACUUCAAGAUGGGCUGAAGUCAAACUUUGCCCAAGUUGAAGUGAAGGUUGUGGAUUGUCCUGAUUUGACACAGAAACCCUUUACUUUGGCUUGCAAAGGUCUUGGUGGUAAUCCAAGUGUUGUGGAAGUGGGAGGUGUUCCAUACCUUCUUCCCUUGGUAAAGAGAGAAAAGUUAUACGAUUUCAAAGAUGUUGCUCGCUGGUCAGAAAUAAAUCCUGCUUUUAUCAUUGGGGCAUGUGCUGGACCAUGGCCUUAUGCUGGAGUAAAUUGUGAGAUGAUGGCAAACUUAAGAGUGUCCGGAAAUGAUGUGGAUAAUCACACAAGAAUUGCCAAAAUUAAUACAAAUGAUGAUAGCUGCAUCUUAGAGAUUUUGCCCAAUACUGAGACUAGAAUUGCACUACUUGCCAACCUAUUCUUAAGCGAAGGAAAACCUGGAAAAGUCCUCCAAGUUCAUUGUAAAACAAGGACAGGCAAUGAUGACUUUAUUGCUAGUAUCAGGAAGACGCUUCAGGAUCACUACAAGGAAAAGGCUGUUGGGCUUGGUGGAACAUUUGUUCUCAAAGAAGCAAAAGCUAAGCAGCAUAUCAUGCCUGACUUUUCCACUGUACGUCUAAAUUCUGACCAAGAUGUGGAAAACUGGUUACACUUUUAUAACCAGUCCCCUCCUCUGGUAGCAGUGGGCACUUUGGUUUCAGCAGACCCUGGACUGGAUCUUCGUGUGCAACAUUUCCAUAGUUUCAGCCAUCAUGGGGAAGGUGGCCAUUAUCAUAUAGAUACAGAGCCUGCAUCUGCCGAUUAUUUGGGCUACUUCGCUUUAGGAGAACAAGUAGUGAGAAUUGAUCGGCCAGUCGAGACUCAUGAUUUUGGAAGAGACUAACAAUUUAAAGAAACAUUGUACAUGAGAAUCGGUUUCAAAAGAGCUCAUUAACUGUUGAUUUUCUAGCAAAUAAUGAAAAAAAAAAAAAAAAAAUGGGUAUGGGUAUACAUAAAAGAAUAAAACUCAAACUAGACUUUUACAAGUCAGAAAAAAUUCACAUUUUGAACUUUGUAUUUGUAACAAUAUUGCUUCCGGAAUAAACAAUAUAACACUAUAUUUCUGACUAAUGCAGAGCACAUUUCUUGUGUCGUGGUCAUAUCACAGUUGCCAUAUUCACUAACACCAAACCACAGCAUUUACUCCCUUUAUCAUACUUUAAGAUGCCAGUCUUUUUGGCUGCUAUUUUCAUGGUUGAAUUAUUUUUCUAAAUGGUGCUGAAUUGGCAUGAAGUUUAAAAUCAUUCCAAUGUGGAAAGAACAAAUUAAAAAAAAUAAGUGAAUAACAUAAUUAGGGUAAUACCGUAGAUGGGAAUUUCUUCAACUACACAACUUUCUGAGAUGCUUCCACAAUGAACACCAUCUAGCUUACCAGCAAUCAUCAGGUUCCGUUUCAGUGCUCAGAAUACACUUCCACAAACAAGUGAUCAAUGCCCAUUGAAAUAACAAAAUACAUCAAUUUUGAAAUAUCAAACAAUGAUAUUGCAUGAAACCAUCAUAAAUGUACCAUACCACAGAAGAUUAAACUAAUUAUUUGAAAACAUGGAAGUUGCAUAUUUUGCACACAAUUAAUUCCAACAGAUGCAAAAUACACUGAACAGGCCUUCAUAUAUCUGCUGAUACACAAUAAAAAAAUGAAACUUGCUUUUCAUAUCAUUAGAAUUAAGAAAUGCACAUAAUCUUAAGGUAAUUGAGAAAACUUCUUGAAUCAUACAAUACACAAAAUUUAGCAAUGUUACUCACAUUUAACCCACAAUAGCACGGAUAUAUAUUUCACUUAAUACACAACAAACUCAGAUCUUUCUACAAAACAUUUACUUCAAGCAAAUCACAAAAGCUGAGAAUACCUAUAAUUGUAUAUUAUAUAUUUAUAUACUUACAUAAAAAUACAAGCUUUAAUCACAGAACUUUGUUGUCAAAUUUACACAAGACUUACAGUCUUGCACAUGUUAUUUGCAAGAUACCAGAUUCAUUCCUGGAAGUACUAAUAUAGUUAAAACAUAAGUGAUUGUUUCUAUUUUUUGCACUGAAGGCCAUCAUAAUCUUUCACUUUUCUGGGAUCGAAUAGUCAUCAAUACAAGUAAUUUGCAAAGUGACAAAUAUAAAUUACAAAAAUAUGUACUUUAAUCUAUCCAACAUUAUGUUCAUUCUGAGAAUACAACCAAUGAAACUCUCCUUUUGGAAACGCAAGGUACUGCAUAGGAAGAAGGGUAUGAUCCCACAAUCAUUUUAUCUUUCCAUUCCUUUCUUUUCCAGCCAAUAGAUGACAGCUAUACAUAUUCUGUCAAGCUGCAUACCUGAAUACGAGACAAGGUGACCAGAUACUACGUUUGCUAUCUGUACCCAUUUCUCCUAACAUGUUUCUCAUUCAGAUAAUAAUUUGAUGUUUCUUAUACAGAUGGAAAUUUUUCGUAUACAUUCUCUGCAGGGUGAUAAUAUUCACAGAUGUGUGUGCUCAAUUGGGAAUCAGAACUAUUGGCUAGCUUUCUACAAAUAUAUUAUAUUCAUUCAGCAAAUUUUACAUGCCAUUCUAGUUGAGUGUAUUUUUUUAUAAAAAACUGUAUUCCUCUUUCAAAAUAUCUAACAGGAUUAAAGAAUCAUGAGCUAGCCAGUAAUUUCUGUUCUAAACUUCAACAAACUAACACAAGCAUGGCUAUCUGUUCACCUUAUCUUCAUAACAAACGGAAAGGUAUAUGAGAGAACUUUUUAUUAGUAAUAUAUUGUCAAUUACUCCACACAUUCCUUUCAGUAUUGGACAUUAAUGUAAUUCUUUUGCAAUAUAACAGCUGUCAUAGAGGCAAGUUAGGCGCGGAAAAUGCGAAGAACUCGUACAACAUAUUGGCGGCAAAGUGGGCAUUCAUUAAGUUGUUUUCCACAAGACAUACAGGUUGCCAUGUGUCCACAUUCCAGCAUUGCACAUUCAAUAGGCGCAUCCAUACAAAUCUUGCACAUCUCCGAAGAUCCCAGUCUUUCAAGUGCUUUCUUUUGUUCUCUAUUUUCAAUCCAUAGACGAGUUACCCUUUCUACCAGUUCAGUACGUUCACAGCAUCCUCGAAAAUCUACACGGUUGCGCAUGAGUAGAUCUUUUAUCUGCUUUACAGGCAUACUUUGAAGUUCUUCCAAAGUCUUGAUGGUAUUCAAGGUGAUGAUAGGAGGCUUAUAUCCAGCUCGCCCGAAAACUUUUGGGAAUUGUCUUUCGCUGGAUUCUCUUUCGAUUUCCCAAUUUGUUGGUGAAUUGUUUUCCAUAGUAAGUCUACUGUAGAUUACUGCAAAUUGUUAAGUACGUAAUAGUGGAGAUUUUCACGGCAAGCAGAAGAGUUAAACAAAUCUAUAAUAAGGUAAUAUUCUUCUGGGUAUUAUUCCACCCAUUUAUUUCAUGACUACUCGUAAAAGGGUAUUCCCGCAAUUCUUUAUCUUCCUCUUUCUGCCAUGUCUAGAACACGUGACUAGCAGGCCUGGGCAGGGCAGAACUGUCGCUUCUGAACCUGCAGAUGCGAGUCAAGAUCAGUCAAUAUGUUGGAAGUAUAGCUGCGAACUAAUGGUUAAAAUACGAUAAUGAUGUUGAUCCCCAUGAGUACAUUCAGAUCUUUCUUCAUGGGAAGUUUUCCUACACCUCUUCCAACUUAAGUUUUUGUUUUGUGUAGGUACACUUCUCGAAGUGAGAUGUUAUUUUUUUCUCUAAAAUAAAAUUAUAUUUUUACUGUAACCUAGCUGUGUUCGGUACUGGACUAUGGCAAGAGAGAGCGGGAGUCGAAGUAAGCUUUUUUAGAUCUCCUGCUUCUUUUCCAAAAAUUGCGAAAGUAAAAUUAUAUCAGUGGCGUGUGGUGAAUGUUUUUUUUAGGAAGCAAUUACUUUUCAGAUGGAAGGUUUUUAAUUUUCUUACAUGAAUAUGACAACAAAUGAAAAAUUUAAACUACCGUAGAAGACUGAUACUCCAAACUAAUUGGGGUGUGGCCUGUUCGGAUUAUCCGAAAAAUUAUGUACCGUACAUAUACAAAUAUAGCAUAACCAGACAAUGCAACGUAGCGUGCACUGUGAGAAAAUUGCUUCCGGCAAAAGAUUACCUUUGUUGCAAGUUCCUCUAACGUCGUGUGACGUACCGUUACAGAUUACUGUUAAACCUGAAGUUAGAGAUGGAAACAUUAUUUGCUUCAAAGUUUCAACGAAGCCUUGACAGAUUUGCAGCAAGAGAAAAUAUGAACUCGAAAAAAUAAAUCAAUACCACUGAACCGAUAAGCACAUGCCCAUCACACGAGC